AUGACCACUCUCCGCGGGGCCCCCGCGGGAGUCUUUGAGCUAAAGCGCAGUAGUUCCGGACAAGGACUCCACGCAGGCACACCUCAAUACACAAUCGCAAAAGACGACAGCAGAACCAAUGAUGACACAUCACCGGCGGAGAGUGAACUUGAUGGGGAAGAGGAGGAAGAGGAAGAGGUCGACGAAACAGUGCGCGAGGACAUGAUUAAAUUGAAGAACACAUUUCCCGAAAUCGCGGAUCGAUUUCGAUUGAUCAACCGAAUUGGAGAAGGUUGGUUCUCUUCCAGCUCCGAGUGCAUGGCUUCUUGGAGAUUGUCCAAAAAAUAUAUGCUCACAAAAAUUUGCAUCAAAGGGACCUUUUCGACCGUCUACAAGGCCGAGGAUUUACAAUAUCAUUAUCACUACCGAAAAGAAUGGGAAAUCUUUGGCCAAGCGCAGGACCGGGAGGCUGAAGAAUGGGACAAUCCACCAAAUAAGCGACGAAAGACGACCGGUGACUCCAACGGACGAAAGAAGCCUCGGUACGUUGCGCUGAAGAAGAUCUACGUCACGAGUAGUCCCAUUCGCAUUCAGAACGAGUUGGAACUUCUUCACGACCUACGAGGAUGCAAGUCUGUUUGCCCUCUGAUCACAGCCUUCCGAUACCAAGAUCAGGUGGUGGCGGUCUUACCGUACUUUCCCCAUACGGACUUCCGCAUUCAAUAUCGCACUUUUAUGGUCGCCGACAUGCGGCACUAUUUAUGGUCACUGUUGACGGCGUUGAAAUCGGUACACGCGCAUGAAAUUAUCCACCGAGAUAUCAAACCAACUAAUUUCCUUUACAAUCCGGACUUGAAAGAGGGUGUUCUGGUUGACUUUGGUCUUGCCGAGCGCCAAGGCUCCGAAUACAGCAGCCCCUGUCUUUGUUCCCAUCAAAGCUACGUCCGUCGUGGUCGAAUACUGUCCAGUUAUUUCUCCAAAAACCCACCAUCGAACGGUAUCUCCAGCGGAUAUCCAAAAGCAGAUUCUCGACCGUCGCGGCGAGCAAACCGUGCUGGCACGCGAGGGUUCCGGGCCCCCGAAGUGCUGCUCAAGUGCACAUCUCAGACUACCAAGAUUGACAUGUGGUCCGUCGGAGUGAUCCUUCUCACCCUGCUGGGGCGACGAUUCCCCUUCUUCAACUCGGCCGAUGAUAUCGACGCGAUGAUUGAAAUGGCCAGUAUAUUUGGCACACGACGGAUGAAGGCGGCCGCCGCGAUGCACGGGCAAAUAUUCGAGACGAACCUACCGACGAUUGGAGAGAAAGGGUACAGCUGGGAAAAACUGGUGAAAUGGUCCAGUUGCGUGGAAGAUUUAACAGAGAGCGAGUCUCAGGCGACGCGCCUGCUUUCGGGACUCAUGGAGCUGGACCCAUCCAAGCGCCUGAGCGCGGAGGAAGCGCUCGAGCAUGAGUUCUUUACCGAGCCUAUCCUUCAUGACGUGGAAUGGGGGGGCCAUCCAGAGGAGAACAGUUUCGACGAGGAAGACGAAAUGGAUGAAGAAGCAGCUGCGGCGGCAGAAGAGGUGGACGAGCUCGAGAUGCUCCUCAAUCCUGAAAUGUAUGAUAAAUGA